UACUCUCCCCGUCACAUGGCCGCUGCGCCCCCGCCCCCUCGCUGCCAUUAGAUCCUCGCCCUCCUCCCCGCGACCCUCGCCUCUGCUCUGCUCUGCUCCGCGUCGCGUCGCAUUGACCCCGCGCUGCUCCCUGCUCCACGUCCCGCUCCGGCUCCGCUCGCGCCGCCCCGUCCAGUCCAGAGGCCGUGGCUGAGCAGCCGCACGGCAGGAAGGGUGUCGCUCGGAGCCGCGCCGUCGUCUCUCAGAUAAGAAGCUGCUUCUGAUUCCCGCUCUAUCAUCAGUUAGUUGGCACAAGUGCCAGGCUGCCAGUCAUAUCAUUCUUGGAGAGAACAGGGAACAUUGAGAUUUCAAUCAUGGAUUCAUUUCAUCAGAAAUAGUCUGCAAAUCAUCCGUUGGGUUCAACAGUCAACCAGUGUUUGAGUAAAAUUUCGAUGUGAACAGAAAACUGUCGUAAUUAUCGAGAAAAAAUGGGGGACGAAUACCUGGCCGAACCUGAGAAUGAGGUUGCACAAUCAAUGUGGCCUGAGAAUAUAGGAGAUAAACACCAGAGACAGUUCAGAAUGGAAAAUUUUAGGAAGGACCAAGAUGCUUUUAAGGAUUUUAAGUUCGAUCAGAAGCCUGUUCAUGUGGAUUUUCAGCGGCUUAUGGAAAUGGCAAAUUCUGACAAAGGUGUUUCUCAUAUGCAAUACUUUAUGAAGCACUGGGAAUAUAAGAGAGCCAAUGCUGCUCGGCUUCUGGAGGAAGAGCUUGGUCUUCUCAGCCAACAGAGGAAAGAGAUCGAGCAAAACAAGCAACAAAUCUUGGAGGAGCAACGGUUUCAGGAUGAGAGUUAUUAUGCCGUAAAGCGGCAUGUACCUAUACUGGAUGAAGUUUACGAAGAUGAAUGGAAGCGUCCGAGUAAAAAGAAUGAUGAACUUUCUCGUAAUAGAGAGCCUAAAAUAGAUGUGGACUAUGAUAGUGUUGCCUAUUGGAAAGAGAGAGCAACUCAGUUAGAAAAAACACUUGAGGAAAGCAUUCAAAGGGAGCGUUCGUUGGUUGAAAAAUUAGAAGAAAAUAUAAAGAAUCUACAGUCACACACACCAGCAGAGGAAUUCUCUGGGAUGUUAAAACGUGCUGAUUACUUCUUGCACUUGGUUCUUCAAAGUGCUCCUAUUGUUAUUGCCCAUCAGGAUGCUGAUUUACGGUACCGUUUCAUUUUUAAUCACUAUCCAACACUUGCUGAUGAGGAUGUUAUUGGUAAGACAGACUAUGAGAUAUUGUCAGGUGAGGGCAUAGAAGAGAUGAAUUGUGUCAAGCGAGAAGUUAUGGCCACUGGAAUAGCAACUAAAAGAGAGUUUGCAUUUAACACACCAAUGUUUGGAGCAAAGACAUUUGUGACAUACAUCGAGCCAGUUUUCAGCAAAGGUGGGGAAACAAUUGGUGUGAAUUAUGUUGCAAUGGACAUAACAGAUCAGGUCAAAAGAAGAGAGAAGAUGGCAGACAUAAGGGUGAGGGAAGCUAUCCAAAAUGCCAAGGAAACAGAACUUAGCAGAUCUCUUCACAUAACAGAGGAAACAAUGCGAGCAAAACAAAUGCUAGCCACCAUGUCCCAUGAGAUCAGAUCUCCACUUUCAGGUGUUCUUAGCAUGGCCGAAAUUCUUGCAACUACCAAACUGGAUAAAGAACAACACCAGCUGCUACAAGUUAUGUUAUCCUCUGGAGAUCUUGUAUUGCAGCUGAUCAAUGACAUCCUUGAUCUUUCAAAAGUGGAGUCAGGGGCUAUGAAACUAGAAUCUACGACGUUCAGACCGAGGGAAGUAGUUCAACAUGUACUCCAAACUGCUGCAGCUUCUCUGAAGAAGGAAUUGACCCUUGAAGGGUGCAUAGGUGAUGAUGUCCCAGUGGAGGUCAUUGGUGAUGUUCUAAGGGUUCGACAAAUUCUGACCAACUUGAUCAGCAAUGCAGUCAAGUUUACACAUGAAGGGAAGGUUGGCAUAAAUCUUCAGGUUGUGCAUGAGCAACAACCAGGAUGCAAAAUGGAACACGAGAAAGUUCAUAAGCGAGCUUAUCCUGGCACCCCAAUUACUACUGCAGCAGAAAAUUCUUGUCUCUCUCCAAGAAAUUGUGAUAAAGAUACAUUGAACUGCUCGAAGCAUGAAGAUUUUGUUCAGAAUGGCGUUCCAACAUGUGAAAACUUCAGGGAGGAUCAUGAGAGGGAGGAAGUCGUUUGGCUUCGGUGUGAUGUUUAUGACACUGGAAUAGGAAUACCAGAGAAGUCAUUACCAUUGCUGUUUAAGAGGUACAUGCAAGCCAGUGCUGAUCAUGCAAGAAAAUAUGGUGGGACAGGGCUUGGCCUUGCAAUCUGCAAGCAGUUGGUGGAGUUGAUGGGUGGUACUCUGACUAUAGUCAGUAGAGAGAAUGAAGGAUCAACAUUUACAUUUGUGCUGCCUUGCAAAAUCCCUGUAAAAGAGGAGCACAGUGAUGAUCCAGAUGAAGUGCAUAGUUCUCAGAAUGGUUUCACGAACAGUGAUAUAGAAGGUUCCUUCCUUUUCAAGCCACAAAUGCGAACUUCUCUCCUGUCGACAGGAGUUUCAGUAAUAAGCAACUCAAAGUUAUUCGGUGCCAAGCUUAUGUGCUACGAUCCACCUGACAUAUUGGAUGAUCGCAAACCGUUCUCAAAUGGCUUCACAUCAAAGGAACAGGAUUUUGCAAGUUGUACCUCUGAUGCUCACCAGUCAAAUGGUGCUAGUGUAAGGAGCACAGCUGAAAAACAACAUGAUGAUGAAAUGGUCCUUGAACUGAAUAGUCAAGCCGAACGUGUUUCCAGUUCCCAAGGAGACACGGUAUCUGUUUCAGGUUCUAGCUGUCAGAAAACGGGACCAUACAAAAUUCUAGAAGCAGAAUCACUCCACAAGAAAUCCAAGUGUUCUCCAAUUGGCAACAAGGCAAAGAUCCUCCUAGUUGAAGAUAACCGGGUCAACAUAAUAGUGGCAAAAUCAAUGCUGGAGCAGCUGGGACAUGGUAUAGAUAUUGUAAAUAACGGGAUGCAAGCAAUCCGUGCAGUUCAGCAUCAUCAAUAUGAUCUUAUUCUGAUGGAUGUUCACAUGCCAGAAAUGGAUGGCCUACAAGCCACUAAACAUAUCCGUUCUUUUGAGAGCACCGGCUUUUGGGAUGCUUCUGUGAAGCCUGAGGAUGAUCUGAUGAUAGCUGACCCUGCUAUUUCAUCAGAUUGUACACAUGCAAAAAGGCAAGGGCAGAGGGUUCCUAUAAUUGCGAUGACAGCAAAUUCAUUUUCUGAGAGUGCCGAUGAAUGCCUUGCUGCAGGCAUGGAUUCCUACAUAUCUAAGCCUGUGAACUUUCAGAAUAUAAAAGAAUGCCUGCAGCGGUAUUUGCCAUCUCAAUGACUAACCAAUUAUUGUAAAGUAGAAAGUUAAUUUUAGCUUAGGAAAGUUUUGUGAAAUCACAUCGGUCUUUUUCUUGUAAAUCAAUGUUGUAAUAAAUAUAGUGUAUCCUGUCUUGUCGACCACUUUACCUUACUAUUGGGAGACGGAGACGGAACUCUUUUUUACAGAGCCUUCUGAAUCUGACCUAACCCCAUCAGUAAGAUCGGAUAGCUGACUCAAACUUUAGGAUCCUCAUUUGUUGUAAGAGACAUAAUUCCUGUAUAUAAUUGUUAUGGAGGUUCUUAUCCUUUAGCAGUUAGCCAUCUACCAACUGUAUCAGGAGCAACAUCAGUUUUAUGAUGAUGUGACAGAGAACCAAAGAUAUCAUACUGAGGUG